ACGGAGUCAGAACCAACUCGACAGGCACCUAAUAAACAACAGCAUCGACAAGUCUUCUACAUGUGGGAGAGGCAAUGAAAAUAUAACAGCAUAUUUAGGCACUAAGGCAAAGUGCUUUUCUUUGACUUUUCUCAGAGAAAAAUCUGUCAAUGGUCAUUUUACUUUUUAAAUGGAGCUUUAAAUCCAAUGCCAUGUGACCAGGCUGCUAACACGAAGGAGAAGAGUCAGCAUCAUUAACAUUCUUUGAUUGGAGAGCACUAGGAGGUAGAUAAGGGAGCAGCCCAGGCGACCCACCUCCUGGCCAGGGGAGGAGGACAGUGCCUGGAAUGUCUGCAAUGUGUUUCUAUUUUUGUCGCACCUAUGUGUGGCCACCCAUCUGGUCUGAAUCAAUCAGUCUCAUCCCAGAGCUCUGCUCCUCUCCCAGCUGAAAUAAUACCCUCCUUCCCCAGUGCUCUGCCUAAAGGAGGGCCACUACUCAGGUUUCCCCACGCAAGGCCUAUUAACCAGGCUGGGUGUUUGUAAAUAUUGGUGAGCUCGGGAGAAGGCAUGGGAAGGAGAAUUUUGUUUUUAUGUUUUUGGAAAUAUGGAUAUUGUAUAAAUGAACUCUGCUCUCCUAGAAAUAGUACUUGGGAAACUGGAUGAACCAUUAAAGAUUUGACUCCAGAAGGUAAAAGAAUCAUGCUUUGCCAUUUUAUAUAUGUAUAUUCUAAUUCUUUUUUUUAAUGCAGCUUUCAUUGCCUUGAGGUUAAACCCUGAAUUUUUGUGGUGUUAUACCUGGAGAAGAUAAAGCCAGGGUAUCCAGGGUUGGCCAUGAGUUAGCCUGAAGUAUUUUCUUAGGCUACUUCACUCUGCUCUGAACUAGAGGAAGUGAUAUUCGAUGUUCUUAACACAGUAACAACCCUACACCUCUGCUUCUAGAUCAUUCUUCAGGCAUUCCUCACUGCCCAUUCUGUUCGCUACCAACUCAGUGUCCAUGCCUCCUCCUGUCAGAGGUCUACACACCUGACAGCCUCUUGCUUGAUAUCCUAGUACUAGAGUAUUGACCUCUAUUAAAAGGGUCAAGGUAUUUACCAGUAAAACCAGUCACGCUUUAGGAUCACAUAGCACUCUUCGCACAAGACACUUCAAAACUUACUGACAUUGGCUUCGGCAAAUUAAAUAAGCAUGGCAUAAAGUUACCCAUCUACCCAGUUUUCCAUUGCAGUGGGAAACACCACCCUAUCAUAGACCUCCCAACUGGGAACCCCAGAGCUAUUUUUGUCUCACCAUGGUCUUUCUCAUUCCCACAUCCAGUCUGUUAGCAACCAUUGCCACUUUUUUUUUUUUUUGCCAACAUUUCCUGAAUCCACCCCCUUGCUUUCAUUCGUAUAGUUGUGGUCUUAGUCUAGGCUUUGGCCUUGGCCCGCUGGACUGUGCAGCCUCUGCCCUCCCUCUCCACCUGCCGGUCUCAAACCCCGGCAUAACUUAACGCCACUGACAAACUUUUUUUUCUGUCUUUGUCCUUGGUCCAUUCAUUUUCUUUAGGCUCCGUUGAGACUGGGUUCUAAAUUAGGACUCCUUCUAGUUCCAACCCCUACUAAGAAUUUGCAUUUCCACCCCAGGUAUAUGGAAUCAUUUUAACAAGAUCCCCAGGUGAUUCUUAUGCAUAAUGAAUUUUGAGAACCACAGCUCUACUAGUGGUUCUCAGAACCGGUCCCUAAGGGGCAGCAUUAGCAUCACCUGGGAACUUGUUAGAAAUGGAAAUUCUCAGCAGGGGUUCAAAUGGGAAUGAACAGGUUCUAAUGCUCCCUUUACACAGCUCACCCCUAUCCAGCUACCUCUUAGUUGGUCCAACCUAUUACCCCUUUAGGAAACCCUGGUGCUGUAGUGGUUAAAUGCUACGCUGCUCACCAAAAGGUCAGAAGUUUGAAUCCACCAGGCACUCCUUGGAAACCCAAUGGGACAGUUCUACUCUGUCCUAUAGGGUCACUAUGAGUUAGAAUUGACUUGAUAACAAUGGGUUUGGUUUAUUACCUCUUUAUUCAGUCAUUCAUUGCUUCAGAAACCCUUCUAUGCUAUACAUGUCCCAGAUACACACCUAAGUGGGCAGAUCCUGAAACUUCGUAUCUUUUAUUAAUUCCUUCCUUUUCUCCCUCCAUUCCAGUGUAGCAAAGUGUAGUAGUUGAGAUCAUGCCCAGGUUAAAUACUACUGGCCCCACUACUUGGUACCUAUAACACUGGGCAAGUUACCUAACAUCUCUGCACCUCACUUUCCUUAUCUGUAAAAUGGUUUGUUGUGAAGACUCCAAAAAACCAAACCAAACCCGUUGCCACUGAGUCGAUUCCGACUCAUAGUGACCCUAUAUGACAGAGUAGAACUGUCCCACAGGGUUUCCAGGGAGUGCCUGGUAGAUUUGAACUUGCCGACCUUUUGGUUAGGCACCGUAGCUCUUAACCGCUACACCACCAGGGUUUCCUUGUGAAGACUAAGUGAGAUAAUUUAUAUAGAACACUGCUGGCACAUAGUAAGCACCAUUUAAGUGUUUGCUAUUAUUGGUACCAUAUCUCAAAGGCCAACUACCCAAUCACACCUCCUCAGAUUCCAUCGCACUGUGUGCUCUUAUUUCAUUGCAUGUAAAUUUGGAUGACAAAACAAGUUGGUUUCUUUAAUCUGGUUCCAACAGUACCUUAUGCCUUAGACUGCAAGGACAAAGUUAACUGAGCAUGUCUCAUACAGAACCAAGUGACUGAAGAAGAUUUAAAUAAUGUUUUUUGAGGAUGAGUAUGAAGACAAUAAUGAUAAAGCCGACAGUGAUGACGAAGAUGACGAAAACAUGACCAGAUGCUCCUUUGGGUUAAUACUCUUUGCUUGUACAGCUAACUCUCCAGAAAGCCUAUAGUAUUCCCCCCUCAAAUUAGUUUUUUUUUUUUUCUGCAUCCUGUGGAAGCAUGUUAUGCGUAAGAAAAUAUAUUGUGCAGUAUGCAUGAGAUUUAUUUCUCAGAAAGCAGAGAAAUGGUAAGAAUUUUAAGUGUUCUACAUACUUAUUUAGAUCGCACAUCAGGAGAUAAAACAAAUGAAAACUCUGACUUGUUAAUAAUUUACAUUUUAGUGGAAAAUUUGUACAUGCUGUUAAGAUACCUCUAAGACCCAACAUAGAAAAUGCAAAUAGCUGACAUCCACUGUGCACUGAAGACAGAACCUGAGAAGAAAACAACAUCAAUUAAAAAGUCUGUAUAAUCCAAGUGUUUUGAAGGGAAUAUUGACCAUAUUUACAAGGCUAUAAUUACACUUAUUCAUUUCACAAGGCUCUGUUUUUGGAAGUAACCAUGUAGAUGAGCUCUUCAUUCAUCAGGUGUUUCUUGCUGAAAAUCCACUGGGCCUACCUCUCCACCUAGGAGGUAGCUUACAAAUAGGGGAUUUCUUUUCAGCAGGCCACGCCAUUACUUUUCUCUAAUAGCUUAUGCAAAAGUUUUGUGGGGGAGGGAAAAGCCCAAGCCAAAAAGAGAGAGAGAGAAAGAGAGAGAGGAGUGUGCAUGACAAUAACUACCUCUGUCCCUUUGGUUUUUGUUCUUUUCAUGUCACGGAACUUUUUAGCUGUGCUGCCUGGGUAACUGCUCGGGAAGGUUGGAAUAUCUGUUGUUGAAGGAGGUUUGUGAUUGAGGGCCCUCUGACACAACCUUUUGUUGCAUUGAGGUGUUUGAUCCUCUUUCCCUUUCUUCUAAAACCAAUCCCAUCCCUUUAAAAAAUGGAUAACCAGCACUUCUUUUACUUAUUGUCAGCUUUUGGAAAGUUACGGUGGGGGUUUGUAGAAGUUUAACCAGUUAACCCUUUGCAUGCUGAUGUGCUGUCGAGAAAUUUUCUUUCUAAACAACGGAGGGUUUUAAUAAUUGCUUCUGUCAGGUAUAUACUGAUUUUACUCAUGCCCUGGCGAGUGAGUCACAUUAAAGUCCAGAAAUAAGGUGUUUGCCUUCAAGGUCUUGAAAUUCUCUGAGAGAGAUUCAGGCUUUGAAAUGAGACACAUCCCAAUUUUUUUUUUUUUUUUUUGCUCUAGAUCUGAAAUGUCUGAGAGUUAUGACUGUUACCUGUAAAUCUGACAAUAUAUACCAAUUUUUAACUCAAGAACAACAGGUUGUGGUAGUAAGUAAAGGCAGAAAGGCUACUUCAAAACUGGGGGGGGGGGGCGUGUAGUUAAAUGACCACAAAGCAAGAGAGCCUUAGAAUGAGAAGUGUGGGGGCCUUAUUCCAACUGGAAAAAUUUUCCUUAAGGCUUCUAGAUAGUGACCUACAUUCUGCACACAAUGACAGUGUUUUACGGUGCUGAUAGGGUUAAUAACCUAACAUCAUUCAUGUAGUGUUUUUUGAAAAUUGAAUUUUACUGCUACAAAGUAAAUAUAACAGCCCUCUGGAGACAAUAUUACAGGCACUUUAUUGUUUGCUAAGCUGAUGUCAUCUUUCUACAGACUGACUUUAAAACAAAGGCAGAACAUUUAUUACAAAUAUCACUGUGUGAAAGGAAAUCUACUGAAAUAUUGUUUAGAAGGUGAGCUGAUAAAAAGUAUUAAUACUUGGCUUUGAUCAUCUUACACUGUAAAGUAUGACUUCAAAAUGCUUCUCGUGUGAUUUCUAUUCAGGCAAAACCUUAUCCUGGAAAUUCCUAUCCAUGCUACUAACGUUAUUUGCCCUCAAGUUGGAAUAUUUGUUUCAGCUUCCUGCAUGUUUUAAGUACAUUUUUACUCUCUAAGGCAAUUUCUUCACAAAGUUGAUGAGCUUUGGCAGAAGAGAUUAAAAAGCACCUUUCAAAGAUGAUGUAUGUAUGAUUUAAAAAACAAAGUAUAGAGAUUAAGUGAUUUCAUUUGUAUAAGGAACUUUCAAAAAAUCACCUGCAAGUGGUAACUGGGAAGUGUGCAGUUUAAAUAAGCUGUUUAAGGCACUGCCAAGCAAGCAUUCUACAUCACAGGUUGCUUGCAAUUCAGAGGGUUUGGUUUCUGUAUCUGAUGCACGUGUAAUACAGCGUGAAGUUGUUUGUGGAUCACACAGGAGCUUCUUAGAGCUUCAUUUCCACGCUGUAGCCCUUGAAAAUGUAUCAAAUAUGCAGACAAGUUCAGCUCUUCCUUAGGAGGCACAAGUAAUUUGUUUGUAAAUCAGUUACCUUUCAAGAAAAGUUAAAAUGGGGGAACUUUUCGUUUCUUUGAUGUUUUCCCACUUAGAAAGGCAAAGAGCAAAUUAAUGAUCACUUUGAAGCAAUAAUGUUAAUGAGGAGAAUAUAAUUUCAUGAGUUACGCUAUCUCAAAAUAACUUUUCAGGUACGCCAUAUAAUAGCCCAAAUGACCAAAAUAGCCUGGUGGUGUUUUUCUAAGAAAAUGAUUUACUGCUCAGCCUUUGUCUCUGAAGUCUGGUUAGAAGGAAAACACAGGUCAAGGAAAUUGGGUUAGAAAAAAAGCCUGUUACUGGUUAGGUGUAGAAUUGUAUGAAUAGUGUCUAAUAGGGAGUCUGUGGGCACUCGGGGAGCAGCGGAGUAUAGACUCACAAGUGCUUGUUAAAUGCCCUGUCCUGACUGAUGGUAUUGGUAUCAAUCCAGAAUGAAUCUACAUAGGUCUACUUAGCCGGCUGUAUAAGAGGCAAUAUGUUAGUUGCUGUAUGGGUCAUGCCCAUGAGAAAGCUAUUAGUACUAUGAUUGUGAUUAAACCAGAAACUGAACUGCAACAUUAAGACAAAACAAAACUGAUUUUGCUAAUGAGUACACUUCUAUACGUGAAAAUAAUUAAAAAAAAAAAAAAACUUACACCUAUUUGAAGCAUUUUAUUCUGAAACUGCCUUUGACUUGUUUGGCAGGGAAGUUGUUUUAUAUCCAGUCAAUUCAUUACAAUAUUCAGCAAAUAUGAGCUACUUAGCAUGUCCCAGGUACCGCACUAGCACUGAGGGUCCAGAGGUGAGGCUUCACAAAGCCUCAGACCAGCGUCAGGAAAAAGCUUGGCAAGGGACAGAGCCUGACGUGUUUUAAUAUUCAAGAAAUGUUUGGUGAAUGACUAACAAACAGAGUGGAUAGAUUAAUGAUCAAGGUAAGUCUUGAUUCAGUGUAUACACAAGGAGGGAGUGAGAUUCUCUGUCUUGAGUAUGUUGGACAGGAAAGCUGUAAGAAAGGACAUGGUUGAACUAGCCUUAAAAAAAUGAGGGACGUUCACCAUGUAGGUAAGAACAGGAAUUGUCCACCAGUGGUAGAAACAGCACCCCAGUAUAUAGUAUGAUUUUUAGUGACACAGCCCACUUCUGGCCCCUACACUUCUCCUUGCUGCUCUUUAAGGAUUGGGUCCUUGUCGUUUCGCUCCCCUCUCCCUGUUACGCUGUCAGAAGUGAUACCGCACACACGCACACACACUCUAAACCGUUGAAAUUAGUGUCUACCCCCUCAAGAAAGACUGAAAACAUCUCAUUCGUCUCAGGAAAAGCGAAUUGGCAUGCCUAGUUCCUACUUUUUAUCCAUAGAAAACAAAUUUUAGCUGUCCACUAAGAGCUCAUUUUUGACCAAACACUGUUUUUAAACAUCUGGCACAUAUGAAAGUAAAGAAGUGGGGGCAGGGGAUGGUUCAUAUUUAAACCACACAUCAGUCUUGUAAUGAAGAGAUUUUUCAAACAUCAACAUGAAAUCGGUCAAUCAAAUUAUUAAAGUUACCAUUUGUCUCCAACUUAGCAAGAUACUCCAACCUGGACAAUUUGAGAUAGUUCCAGACUCUCUGAGGCCUGUGCCAUCACCUGCAUAAAUGGCACCCAGAUUCCUUUCUUCCGCAGCUCUACAUUCUGUCCCCUUUGAUUUCCCUCCUUUGCUUUCUCUUCUGGGAGGCCUUUCCUCUCUCCUGUAUCAGCAGCUCUAUAGGCAGAUGUGCCUCUUUUCCCAUUUGCCAGACGCCCCACCCCCCAGAUCUCCCAAACUACUCCCCUUUGAAGUCUCUAUUACCAAUACAAUCACUUUUGUUUCCCUUCCAUCCCCUCUCCCACCACUCCAGCUUCUUCUCUCCCUACCCCCAUUAGUUACAUCUGCUACCCCUCCUAUUCAGCCUGUGUUACACCAUAAUGCGCUUGACAUAACUUUAGUUUGUCUGCUGAGUACUCAGUCAGCAUGCACGGCUAUCUUCUGAUUUGUAGGAAAGGGGGCAAGAAGGAGUGAGCUGGCUCAAAAGUCUCUCAGUGAUUCCACUCUGCCCAGGUAACCCAACUAAAAUGGGAAAUUGACAACUAAUGAUAAUGAAAGAAAUGGGUUUUAGUUAAGCGUAUGAAGCCCACAAACUUGUUUCCUGAUGCCUGUGGUAGAUAUUUUUUCGUUCAUGUGGUGGUCAGAUGGAUCAGAGAAUGUGGAGAUGGAUGGAUGAGGGAGGUACGUAAAAUAAUUGCAGUAUUUGUUAGUUGAAUGAAGUUCCUUCCCUAGGAUCCAUUAGUGGAUUUUUAUGGGAUCGGUGAACCACCAGACACUGCAUGUAACGUUUUGUACAUUGGUAUAUUUCCCUGGUCCAUAUGUUUAAUCAGAUUCUUAAAAGGCCAUGUGACCUCCCUCCCCCAGAAAGGUGGAGAACCACCAAUGUAAGUAAGGGUACCUAUUUUGUGUUUUUUCUGUGGUUUGCUUUUUUCCUACCAUAUUUGAACAUCCCUCGUGAUCUGAGCAGUUCAGAAAGUAGAAGUACAAGGUUUUAAAAGAAAAAAAUGCAUCUUCUUUCAGAGGAAAAAUGUUUAAACCUCCUACCAGGUUAUACAAUUCACAUUUUUUAUUUUAGUUUUACUACAAUUCAAAGACAGGCCUUUUUUUUUUUUUUUUUUAAAAAAAAAAACAAUGGGUAUAAUCACACAUCUGAACAUAAGAAUUAGUUUUAUGCAGUCCCAUAGAAAACCAAAAUCUUAAGGAACACUUUCAAAACAACCAGAGAAAAAUAAACCAUUCCUUAUGUCAGUCUUGUUAGAGAGGGAUUAAGAAACUGGCAAUUAUUUUGGCGACCUUAAUUGUUGCUCGGCAGGAAAAUAUGUAAUUAGAGCAUGUUCCCAGGCCUGCACACCUGCAGCACAUCCUACAGUAUAAUGUCAGCUUUCAGUGCCCGCCGGUGCCAGGUUCUAGCACAACCAGGCACAGUGACGCUCUGAGAACAUUUCGGACUCUUGUAAUGUGGCUUCUGUGUAUGAAAGAAGCAGGCAUUUACACUGUCACACAAUGGAGUGCAUUACUGCAACACUGGUUUCAUUAUUUUCUGACGCCUACCUUCAGCACUGCCCUGGUUUACUCCGUUUGAGGUUUUAUUGUUACGGUAUAAUAGUCCUGUACAUUUUUGAAAUUCUCUUAUUAUUCAGCUUAUUAAUACAGUACUGACUUGAUUAUCAGGCUGCAGUUGUACAGGGAAAGAUCAGUGCAUUAGCUAAGUCAGAAGCUGAGUAAAUUCUUGGGAUAAUGAGAACAAUUGUUUGACAUUUUUUAUGUCAAAAGAUGGGCUGUGGUAGUUCACUAUAUAGCUGUAUUUUGGAAUUCACUCAAUAUUCCCUAUACGUUGUUGAGUAUUCAUUUUGCAUAGAGAGCUUAAAAUAUGCCCCCACUGAUUUGAACAUGUUGCGGGGUACGGGAGGAUUCCAUUUUGUCUCUUACUAGCUCUUCUUUUUCUUUUAUUGGCCUUUUUCAAGAAAGACACUCGGAUGUUAGGAAAAAAGUAGUUAAAAUAAAGAAACAGUAUGCAGGAUGCCUGCUUUCCAGAUAAAUUCACUAAGCUGGCAUACUGAUAGUUAACAGACUUUUCCCCCCUAAGGGAGAUACACUGUAUUUUGCUAUCUGACAUGUUGUCAUAUAUAAAGAAAUCAAUUGGUAAUUAAAUGAUGCACCUUGUGAAGAUGACAAAAGGCAUUUGGUUGCAAAAAGAGAACUGGGUUUUGAGGGGUUUGUAAUGAAGGCCUAAUGACUAUUCAUAAGAGAUUUUCAGUCCGUUGAUCCACUUGACUGGAAAGUUCUGCCCUGGAGAGUUAGUGCUGUCAGUUUCUCUCACCUCAGAAAGCCGCCGCAAUCGACGGUGUAGAGGAUGAGCGAGAAAUUAUCUAGUUGUUGCUCUAGGCCUGUCUUAGGUCACAUGCAGAAGGCACAUCUGGCUUCCUGUAGGUGCCACCUCAGGACAUAAACUUUGACUAAUUUUUAAACUAUAAAUAUGUAGGAGUGACACUGAAUAAGCUACCUUUUAUUCAUAUUUCCUUUAUUUUAGCAUGCGUGGUAGUUGUGUGGUGAGGCUGCCAUUUUGGCCUUAUUUUUCUUCCAAUCUUAACAGUUACAUGUUUGCUUGUUAUGCUGAGAGUAACUGUUUUCGGAAGCUGACAAGGACCAAAUGAAAACAGCCUCCUUACGUGAAAUCAAACCAUCAUACCUUUGUGGUAAACAUGCCAAAUAUGCCGGAAGGUCAACUGAAAUGAGUUAAGAGUAGUGCUCUUGGUGGGUGCUGGCAAAAGGCAGCAAGGCAUCUAAAUUUAUAUACAUGAGAGUAGAUACAAAAUUCCUACCACAUAAAGAAGAUCUACAGAACAUUAUUCCUCCAGUGUCUCCAGAAAAAGAAAGAAAGAAAACACACCUUCAAAAGAUACCAUUACUGUCAACUAUGGGACAGGCACAGUACGAGCCUCGAAGGAUUCAAAGAUGGAAGAAACAAAAUCCUAGGCUUCUCAGUUUACUGAGGAACAGACAAACAAGAAAACAGUUAUACUCUAACAUAGAAAGAGCUAUGGUUGAGUUGUAUAACAACACAGUCUUAGAAUCCAGGAAUGGGUUUUCUAAGAACUUGGGGGGGUCCACAGGUGACAUAAACAUUUCUAAUGCAUGGUAUUCAUUCAUUGGCAAAGCCAAAUUAGCCAAUGAAAAGGUGCAUUGGGGGAAUCAGGUAUCCUUGUUGCAUCUGUGCUUACCUCUAGAAUUCCAACACAAUGGUCAUGGCCAGUGAUUUCUGCCCGUAUUUACCCUUGGAAAGCGGUCCUCCAUGUUAUCUUAUCAAGCAGCUCACCUAAUCAAAGUGGUGAACUAUGACAAUGUAGUGGACACGGGUUCUGAAACAGAUGAGGAGGACAAGCUGCACAUUGCUGAGGAUGACGGUAUUGCUAACCCCCUGGACCAGGAGACAAGUCCAGCUAGCAUGCCCAACCAUGAGUCCUCCCCACACGUGAGCCAAGCUCUGUUGCCAAGAGAGGAAGAGGAAGAUGAGAUAAGGGAGGCGGGAGUGGAACAUACCUGGCAUAACAGCGACAUUCUGCAAGCCUCUGUAGAUGGUCCAGAAGAAAUGAAGGAAGACUAUGACACUAUGGGGCCAGAAGCCACGAUCCAGACCACAGUUAACAAUGGUACAGUUAAGAAUGCAAAUUGCACCUCAGACUUUGAAGAGUACUUUGCCAAAAGAAAACUGGAGGAACGCGAUGGCCACGCAGUUAGCAUCGAGGAGUACCUUCAACGCAGUGACACAGCCAUUAUUUACCCAGAAGCCCCUGAGGAACUGUCUCGCCUUGGCACUCCAGAGGCCAAUGGGCAAGAAGAAAAUGACCUGCCACCUGGAACUCCAGAUGCUUUUGCCCAACUGCUGACCUGCCCCUACUGCGACCGGGGCUACAAGCGCUUGACAUCACUGAAGGAGCACAUCAAGUACCGCCACGAGAAGAAUGAAGAGAACUUUUCUUGCCCUCUUUGUAGCUAUACGUUUGCCUAUCGCACCCAGCUCGAGCGGCAUAUGGUGACGCACAAGCCAGGGACAGAUCAGCACCAAAUGCUGACCCAAGGAGCAGGUAAUCGCAAGUUCAAAUGCACAGAGUGCGGCAAGGCCUUCAAAUAUAAACACCAUCUGAAAGAACACCUGCGAAUUCACAGUGGUGAAAAACCAUACGAGUGCCCAAACUGCAAGAAACGUUUCUCCCAUUCUGGUUCCUACAGUUCGCACAUCAGCAGCAAGAAAUGUAUUGGUUUAAUCUCUGUAAAUGGCCGAAUGAGAAACAAUAUCAAGACGGGUUCUUCCCCUAAUUCUGUUUCUUCUUCUCCUACUAAUUCAGCCAUUACCCAGUUAAGAAACAAAUUGGAGAAUGGAAAACCACUUAGUAUGUCUGAACAAACAGGCUUACUUAAAAUUAAAACAGAACCACUAGACUUCAAUGACUAUAAAGUUCUUAUGGCCACACACGGGUUUAGUGGCACUAGUCCCUUUAUGAAUGGUGGGCUUGGAGCGACCAGCCCUUUAGGAGUUCAUCCAUCUGCUCAAAGUCCAAUGCAGCACUUAGGUGUAGGGAUGGAAGCCCCUUUACUUGGAUUUCCCACAAUGAACAGCAAUUUAAGCGAGGUACAAAAGGUUCUACAGAUUGUGGACAAUACGGUUUCCAGGCAAAAAAUGGACUGCAAGGCUGAAGAAAUUUCAAAGUUGAAAGGUUAUCACAUGAAGGAUCCAUGCUCUCAACCUGAGGAACAAGUAGUUACUUCUCCUAAUAUUCCACCUGUAGGUCUUCCAGUAGUGAGUCAUAAUGGUGCCACUAAAAGUAUUAUUGACUAUACAUUAGAAAAAGUCAAUGAAGCCAAAGCUUGCCUCCAGAGCUUGACUACUGACUCAAGGAGACAGAUAAGUAAUAUAAAGAAAGAGAAGCUACGUACUUUAAUAGAUUUGGUCACCGACGAUAAGAUGAUUGAAAACCAUAACAUAUCCACUCCAUUUUCAUGCCAGUUCUGUAAAGAAAGUUUUCCUGGCCCCAUUCCAUUGCAUCAGCAUGAACGUUACCUUUGUAAGAUGAAUGAAGAGAUCAAGGCAGUCCUGCAACCUCAUGAAAACAUAGUCCCCAACAAAGCCGGAGUUUUUGUUGAUAAUAAAGCCCUCCUCUUGUCAUCUGUACUUUCUGAGAAAGGAAUGGCAAGCCCCAUCAACCCCUACAAGGACCACAUGUCUGUACUUAAAGCAUAUUAUGCUAUGAACAUGGAGCCCAAUUCUGAUGAACUGCUGAAAAUUUCCAUUGCUGUGGGCCUUCCUCAGGAAUUUGUGAAGGAAUGGUUUGAGCAACGAAAAGUCUACCAGUAUUCAAAUUCCAGGUCACCAUCACUGGAAAGGAACUCCAAGCCGUUAGCUCCCAACAAUAACCCUCCCACAAAAGACUCUUUAUUACCCAGGUCUCCCAUAAAACCUAUGGACUCCAUAACAUCACCAUCUAUAGCAGAACUCCAUAACAGUGUUACCAAUUGUGAUCCUCCUCUCAGGCUAACAAAACCUUCCCAUUUUACCAAUAUUAAAACAGUUGAAAAAUUGGACCACUCAAGGAGUAAUACUCCUUCUCCCUUAAAUCUUUCCUCCACAUCUUCUAAAAACUCCCACAGUAGUUCUUACACUCCAAACAGCUUCUCUUCUGAGGAGCUCCAGGCUGAGCCUUUGGACUUGUCAUUACCAAAACAAAUGAAAGAACCCAAAAGUAUUAUAGCCACAAAGAACAAAACAAAAGCUAGUAGCAUCAGUUUAGACCAUAACAGUAUUUCUUCAUCAUCUGAAAAUUCGGAUGAGCCGCU